GGCGCGGGUCUCCCACGGGCGUUCCCCAGGCCGGGUCUCACACCGGUAACCACAGCCGGCACAGGCGGUCCAUCAGUAGAGACCACACGGUGGAGGUUCUGGUGGUGGCCGAUAAAAUGAUGGUGGGAUACCACAAGGCUAAGAACAUGGAGUCCUACCUGCUCACUAUCAUGAACAUUGUUGCUAAGCUGUACCGGGACGCCUCCAUCGGAAAUCUCAUCAACAUCGUCGUGACGAGACUCAUCCUCAUCACCGGUAACCAGCCAGAGUUGGAGAUCACGAACCACGCUGACAAGUCGCUGGACAGCUUCUGUAAAUGGCAGGAGAGCAUCCGGCCUCGCAAGGACGAUUAUGGGAUAGCCGACCACGAUAACGCCGUCCUCAUGACCAGACUCGACAUCUGCACCAACAAGAAUGAGCCAUGCGGAACUCUGGGCCUUGCGCCGGUGAACGGGAUGUGUAAGGAGGCGAGAAGCUGCAACAUUAAUGAAGACAUCGGGCUGGCGUCAGCCUUCACCAUCGCUCACGAGAUGGGACACAAUUUCGGGAUGCAGCAUGACGGGAUGGGGAACGAGUGCGGGCUGAACGGAGAGCCGGCGCGGAUCAUGGCAGCACAGCUCACCCGCGACGCUCAGCCUUUCUCCUGGUCACGAUGCAGCAGGGAAUACAUCACCAACUUCUUAGAUAAGGGCCAGGGCCAGUGUCUGCUUGACACCCCUCCCAGACUGGACUUCGAGUUUGAGCCAGAGAUGGCGGGACAGACGUACAGCGCAGACAAGCAGUGUGAGCUACAGUACGGGUCAGAGUCACGACACUGCAAUCUCGAGGACACGUGCCGAGAGCUGUGGUGCAUCAGUAAGCAGGGCCAGUGUGCGACUAACAGCAUUCCUGCUGCAGAGGGCACCGACUGUGUCAUCACUGGGGAGCCACAAGAGACCAACAGGGGGUGGUGUUACCAGGGCGACUGCGUACCGUUCGGACACCGGCCGGAAGCGAUAGACGGGGGCUGGGGACCGUGGUCCGACUGGAGCGCGUGCACGCAGACAUGCGGCAUCGGGGUAUCCUUCUCCGAACGGCACUGCAACGAGACUGCCCCUGCCCAUGGAGGGAAGUACUGUGUGGGGGAGAGGAAGAGAUACAAAACAUGUAACACCAUGGACUGCCCGCUGAAUUCCCGCGACUUCCGAGAAGUGCAGUGCGCGGAGCACAACGACCUUCCCUUCCGCGGGAAGAGCUACGAGUGGAAACCUUACACCGAAGGAGUUGACCCCUGUGCCCUGACCUGUCUGGCGGUCGGGUAUAACUUCUACACGGAGCGGAAAGCGAAGGUCGUGGAUGGAACGCGGUGUUCUAACGAUCCGCUGUCGUUUGACAUCUGCAUUAACGGAGAAUGUCGGCUUGUUGGCUGUGACCGUCUGCUGGACUCGAACACGGUGGAAGACAAGUGUCGACUGUGUGGGGGAGACGGCAGCACCUGUGAGACGGUGUCUGGGGAUGUGGACGGAGAUCUGCCUAGGGGGUCGUACCAGAAGAUUCUGACGAUUCCUCGUGGAGCUGUUCACAUCAGGGUGGAGGAAAAACACAUCUCUGAGAAUUACCUGGCCCUGAAGGGAGUAGGUGAGGACUACCACAUUAACGGGGAGUGGACCAUCGACUGGCCAAGGACGUUCAAGGUCGCCGGUACGACCUUCAGCUACGAGCGGCCGGACGGGGAACCCGAGUCCCUCUCAGCGCUCGGGCCCACUAAAGAAGUCUUGGAGGUCAUGAUCCUGCUCCAGGAAGCUAACCAGGGGAUCCGGUGGCAGUACAACGUGCCUCUGAGCGGUUUGGGCAGCGGGGACGGAGAGGUUCUCUUCACCUGGCAACACGGACUGUACUCAGAGUGCACCGCUACAUGCGCUGGAGGUGUGUCCACGUCUGCAGCGUUGUGUAUCCGAGAUGACGACCGGUCCAUCGUGAGCGACUCGUACUGCGACCAGGAGACCAGACCCACUGAGAACACGCGCGCAUGCAACGAGGACCCCUGUCCUGCACAAUGGUUCCGCGGUGAUUGGCAGGAGUGCAGUAAGUCAUGUGACCGCGGUACGCAGACACGCGAGGUGUACUGUUACCGCACGGUCUCCGCGCUCGAGCAGGAGACCCUCCCGGAGACGGAGUGCCAGACACGCAAACCCGCCGGACGCAGGAGCUGUAACGACGACCCCUGCCCUCCGACCUGGGUCACAGGGGACUGGUCAGAGUGCACGCCGAAGUGCGGAGACGGCGAGAUGACCAGGACCGUGUCCUGCAUGACGACAGACGGACAGAACCUGACCCCUGACCGUUGCCCGGGUAACACGAAGCCGGCCAGCAGAGAGCGGUGUAAUGCGGGAGACUGCCCGCCUCCGCGGUGGGUCAGUGGGCCGUGGAGCCAGUGUUCAGCGGACUGUGGUAAGGGCCAGCAGAGGCGAACCAUCCAGUGUCUGUCUCCGGUAACGGAUCUUCCCGCGACCGACUGUCCGGUCAGCCUUCGCCCGCCCGAAAUGCAGGAAUGUGUCUCGCCCUGCGACUCAGUCAACAUCAGCAACACUGGAGAUGAAGAUUGUAAGGAUGUGAACAAGGUUGCCUACUGCCCGCUGGUUCUACGCUUCAAGUUCUGCAACAGAGAGUACUUCCGGCAGAUGUGCUGCAAGACCUGUAAAGAAGUCAACAACCAAAAUGGCGGCUAGGUACACUCAAACACCCCUCAGUGUUAUAUGGAAGGACAUUGGGCCACACCAAAUCAGUUCACUGUUUCUUUGAAUGUCCAUAUUAUACUAAAAAAAAAUUGGAAAGAUGAGAAGGAAACACAACAAAGUUACGAAAAAUGUGAAAAGCAAAGUAUAAAGUUUUUAAAGUCUCACACAGUAUACAUGGUCAAUUUUGGAGUUGAAAGAAAAUUAUUGUGAGAAGCAAUGAAUUACAUUGGUGUGGCCCACAGUGUAGUUUAACCACUGGCUACUAUCAUGAUGUCUGUUCAUAAGUAUAAGAUAUGCCUGUAUGACAGCCAGUGGUUUACUGAGGACUUGAAAAUUAAUUGUACAGAAAUGAAUGAAGAAAAUGAAUGUUGUUCAGAGUUUGAGGUAUUUUUCUUCGAGCCUCCCUCAGUGUAUUUAUAUUUAAUAGGAGUCAGAAGUGUACAGUUUAUGUUGUGUGUGUGUUUUGCAUUUUUGACAAAAGUGCAAACUGUUUAUUAUUAUGGUUAAGAAGUAAGAAGAGC